AUGUCAGGUCUGUAUAAUCCCAACUUCUCAAGUGCAAGAGCUCUUUUUCCACAGAUUAGAAGUACCCUAGAUGUCGACAGUGAUCAGUACUUGUCAGAGCUCUUGGUUGAGCAUCAAAAGCUUGGACCUUUCAUGCAAGUUCUUCCGAUAUGUAGUAGACUUUUGAAUCAAGAGAUUUUACGGGUUUCUGGAAUGAUGCCAAACCAAGGCUUUGGUGAACUUGACAGACUGCGACACAGAAGCCCGAGUCCCAUGGCGUCUUCAAACCUUAUUUCUAAUGUUGGUGGAACAGGGUUAGGUAGCUGGAAUGGACUUCGUCAGGAGAGAUUAAGCAGACCCCCUGGAAUGACAAUGGACUGGCUAGGGGCUCCUGCGAGUCCUAGUUCGUACACAGUGAAGAAGAUUUUGCGCUUAGAAAUUCCAGUUGAUACAUAUCCAAAUUUCAAUUUUGUUGGGCGACUUCUUGGCCCCAGAGGCAAUUCACUGAAACGGGUGGAACUUACUACAGGGUGCCGUGUAUAUAUUAGAGGAAAAGGUUCAAUAAAGGACCCAGACAAGGUGAUAAAAAUUCUUAUUUCCCUUUCUUCUGAUGUAAAAUAA